AUGGCAGAACGCAAAGAAGAAGUUGUGAUAUCAGGUAUCGGUGGAUUGUUUCCAGAAUGCAAUAAUAUAACUGAAUUGAGUGAUUUGUUAUUCCAAAAAAAAAAUGGAGUAACAAUCGAUUCGAGGAGAUGGAAACCAGAUAAACUAGGUGCAUUAAGCGGAACUGGAAAAAUGAAAAAUAUCGAUACAUUUGAUUCCACAUUCUUCAGCGUUCAUCCAAAACUUGCUAAAGUUAUGGACACAAUGACAAAAAUAUGCUUAGAAAGAUCAAUCGAAGCAAUUAUCGAUGCUGGUUUAAGUCCAGCAGACUUGCAUGGAACAAAUACAGGAGUAUUUAUGGGAUCUGCAAUAAGUGAAACGGAAAUGAAAGCCAUGGAUACCAAUUCAUCUGUAGGAUUUGUAAUGUUAGGUAGUAGUAGAGCAAUGCAAGCAAAUCGACUUUCAUUUAUUCUCAAUUUGACAGGACCCAGUAUUUGCAUGGAUGGAGGAUGGAUUUGUGGCUCCAACGGUUUGAAAAAAGCGAAAGAAAUGAUUGAAAAUGGUUUAUUGUCAUCUGCGAUUGUCGGGGUUACUAAUCUAGCACUUCAACCAGAAAUACAAUUCUUAUAUGAAGGAUUGAAUAGAUUAACCAAAAGUGAUCAAACUAAACCAUUCAGUUCUGACGCUGACGGGUAUAACAGAUCAGAAGCUUGUAUUGUUUUGUAUCUUCAAAAGGCUUCUGAAGCCAAACGUUCAUACGGAACAUUGUUGAAUGUAAAAUCAAUGCAGUAUGGUAAUCAUGAUAGGACCCUAACCGAGCAUGAUGGAAAUUACUUUAAAUCAUUGCUAUUAGAUUCUUAUAAAGAAGCUGACAUAGAUCCUGCUACAGUAGAUUUCAUAGAAGCUUACGGAUCGGGAAUUAAGAGUGAAGAUGCUAUGGAAUUAAAUAUUAUGGAAGAAGUGUUUUGUACUGAAAAUAGAAAGACACCUUUAAAAGUGGGUUCCGUGAAAAGUAACGUAGGUCACUGUGAAGUGUCUGGUCUCUUUAUGUCAAUUGUAAAAGCCAUCAUUACGCUAGAAAGUGGAUACAUACCACCUAACAUAAAUUACACGGGACCAAAUAAUAAUGUAACAGCGUUAAAGAAUGGAAAAAUUCAAGUAAUUACUGAAAAAACUCCUUUUGUUGGAGAUAUAAUCGGAAUCAGUUCAUUUGGGUUACUAAAUGCAUUUAGUCAUGUAAUCCUUAAAAAAAAUCAGAUCUUUAAUAACAAAAUUAUGGAUAAACACAAUUAUUCUACUAAUAUGCCACAGUUAAUAUUGGUAUCUGGGCGGAAUGAAGAAAACGUUAGGGGAACAUUAAGCAAGAUUAAAAGUCACGGAAACAAUGCAGAGUUGAGUUCUAGCAUUUACCCUCAGAAGGAUGAGUCACAAAUAGAUGAUGUCUGGAAUGUUAGUUCAAAACGUCCGGUAUGGUUUAUAUUCUCUGGUAUGGGAUCACAAUGGCAUGGAAUGGGUACAGAUCUUAUGAAAAUUCCAGUUUUUGCGAAUGCUAUUGAAAAAUGUGAUAUUAUACUAAGACCAAGAGGAAUUGAUAUCAAGAAUAUUUUGACCAGUCAAGAUUCAAAACUUUUUGACAACAUUCUCAAUUCGUUUGUCGGAAUCGCUGCGGUUCAGAUUGGAUUAGUAGAAGUGUUAAGAGCAUUAGACAUUACACCCGAUGGGAUCAUAGGCCACUCAGUUGGCGAAUUGGGAUGUGCCUACGCAGAUGGUUGUUUUACGGCUGAAGAAAUGAUAUUAGCUGCUUACGCCCGAGGUCAAGCUUCUCUAGAAACAGACGUUAUUCCUGGCAUGAUGGCCGCCAUUGGACUUGGAUAUGAACAAAUCAAAAACAAACUUCCACAUGACAUCGACGUCGCUUGUCGUAAUAGUGCCACUAGCUGCACAAUAUCGGGUCCAGUUGAAAGCAUCAACGAGUUUGUCUCAAAACUAAAAUCCGAAGGUGUCUUCGCAAAAUCCGUCAACGUUGCUGGCAUAGCGUUUCACAGUAGAUAUAUUCAAUCGGCUGGCCCGACUCUACUUAAAUAUUUAAAAGAUGUGAUCAAAGUACCAAAGAAAAGGUCGUCUAAAUGGGUUAGUAGUUCGUUACCGGAAACUGAAUGGGAGUCAGACCUCUCAAAAUAUUCUUCUCCAGAAUAUCAUACAAACAAUCUUUUGAGUAGUGUGUUAUUCGAAGACGUUCUAAAUUACAUACCAAAAGACGCGAUUACAAUUGAAAUUGCUCCUCAUGGUCUUCUACAAGCAAUUAUAGUAAAAGCAUUACCUGAAACGGUAACCAAUAUUCCAUUGACGAAAAGAAUGUAUGGAGAUUCGGUUCGAUUCCUACUUUCUUCUAUAGGAAAAAUGUAUACCAGUGGAUUAAAUCCCAAAAUAAAAGAUCUGUAUCCAACACUAAAAUAUCCUGUAAGUCGUGGAACACCAUCAAUUUACGGUUUACCGUUUUGGGACCAUACUGAAAAAUGGUCAGACGGAUUCCUUGAAUUUGUAAAAUCUGGUGAACAAAUAUCUUCAUUAGUGGUUAAUGAUGAUAUACAUUUAGCUGAGUACAAAUUUCAUGAUGAGCAUAUAAUACCAUUUUCAUUUAUAUUAUUUAAUGUUUGGAAGACAUUUAUUGAAAAAAACUCUCAAAGUUUGUAUGAAAAACCGAUUCAAUUUAAAAAUCUUCGGUUCAAAAAUAAUGUUAAAAUUCAUCCAACUGAUUCCUCUGAUUAUUCUAUAACGAUUCAAUUGGGAUCUGGUCUUUUUGAGUGCGAUGUCGACAAUGAGGUUAUUUUAUCAGGAGAAAUACGAUUUUUAAAUCAUAUAGACUUAAGUUCAACUGAAGAAAAAUCAAUACACUUAGACAAAACUACUGACGACUUCCAUGCCAAUAUAUCAGAAAACGAGAUAUAUUCUAUUUUAAAAAAUAAUGGAUUCAAUUUAGGAUUCAAAAACAUUACGAAUUAUAAAAUGUAUAAAAAUAACAUCCAAGGUUCCGUAAAAUGGGAAAAUGAUUGGAUACAUUUUUUGGAGGGCUUAUUAAAGUUCCCAUUUUUAGAACAUUUAGGCACAGGUCCCAUAGAAAUUCCAGUUUAUAUAAGAGAAAUGUAUAUAAAUGCUGCAUUAUUUGAAAAUCGUUCAGAGAAAGAUAUAAGCGUCAAUUACAACAAACUAUCAAAUGAAGUAACUUGUGACGGAGUUAAAAUAUUUGGGGUUAAAAACGGGACCAUAUCAUUACCCAUAAUUAACUCUGCUGUAGUGAAAUUACAAGAAAAAUCCUUUACUAAAUUCAACAACUUAAAAUGCAAAAACAUCUGCGAAUUCGUUCAAGAUUCUAUUCAUAUAAUAAUGGAGAUUGAUAAAUUAAAUCUCGAAACAAGUGGAAAAAUUAUACUUAGUACUCCUUAUCAUUACGACGAUCCAGUAGCUAAAGCAUGUACAAAUGAAAUCAAAGAAAUUGUGGAAAACAAAUUAUCUAUGAAUAGUAAAACAAUAAACUGGGAAAACAUUAAGGAAGAAUCAGAUGUUGAUGAAUCUGCAAGGUUUAUUACAGUGUCGAAUGUAAACUAUUUGCAAGAUACAACGAGAGCAUUAGCUAAUAAAAAAAAUAGUUUUAUUAUUGUAAGUUCCUUAAAAAAACUUCAAGAACUCAAAGACUGGAAAAUAAUUACACAGCAGGAAUUCGACAAUAACAAAUGUUUAACACUAAUGAAAAAGAUAUUAAGGUUAGAAGAAAAUAACAUAUUUAUUAAACCAACCAAUGAUAAUUACGACUUGAGCAUUUGGAGAGCAUUAAAGACAUAUAAUUCAUCAACUGGGAAGAUUUAUAUAAUUUCAAAGUCUGAACCAUUAGAAGGCAUCAGCACUCAUGUUAAAGAUAUUUUGCAUAAGUAUAAAUCAAAUAAAUUAAGAUUCUUAUUUAUUUUGGAUUCGAACGCACCCGAUUUUGAUAACAACGAAUCAUUUUAUGCAAAUCAACUAUCGAAAGAUUUAUUAAUAAAUAUAUAUAAUAAUGGUGAUUGGGGUUAUUACAAAAGAAUUGUUCUUCAAGAUUUUAAAGACGAUAUUAAGGGCAACAAAAAUCUAGUAUUUAAAAAUUUCGCUAUGAAGAAUAAAAAUAAAUUGACAGUAAACCAUCUCGGGUUGAAUUUUAAAGAUUUAGUUAUUGAUGAAAACACCGAAAAUGAUUUUGGACCAUUUGAAUACUCGGGGCAUAUCAACAAUAAAACAACAAUGGGAAUAGCCUCGAUCAAUGAAAUGUCUUCUCAAAUUAUUUAUGACCCAGUAUUAUCAUGGCCUGUACCGUCGGCGUGGUCACUACAAGAAGCAACCGCUGUCCCACUAGCUUACGCCAUGAGUUAUUAUGUGCUUAAUAUUUUGAGUACACUUCAAAAGAAUAAUUCUGUUUUAGUAACCUCGGGAUUGCAUCCAAUUGGUCAAGCUGCUAUUUCGAUAAGUUUAGACAAAAAAUGUGAGACUUAUGCUAUUGUAGACUCAGACCAACAAGCAGAACAGCUAUCUGGGAUCUUCCCAGAGCUAUUGCGGUCAAGAAUAAUUAUAAACAAAAAUAACAAAUUUGAUGUUCAAUUAAAAAUGAUAACCAAGUCCAAGGGUAUCGAUUGUAUAUUGAACUUUUUGAGUGGUGAAUCAUUAUAUGCUGCUAUUCGUGCGUUUGCCAAACAUGGAAAAUUUUUCAAUUUUUCAAAAUCAGAUAUGAAAAAACAAAGAUAUUUGGGUACACGAAUAUUCCUGCAAAACAUAUCGUUUUUCGCCGUCGGUUCAAACACGUUGUUAAACGAAAGUGUUGAAACUAAACAAAUUGUACAACAAGCAUUCAUGGAUGGUUUGAACAAAGGCGUGAUAAAACCUUUUCGUAGUCAUGUUGUAACUACUUCAUCGAUUGGUAAUAACAUGUUUGACUCAAUGAGAAUUAACGCUUCGUCGAUAACGUAUAAAAAAGUGGUAUUGUCGAUAAACGAUAAUACCAAUGACGACGAUUGUUCUAAGUUAAGCAAAAAAGUUGAAUGUAAUAUGUAUGAAUGUCAUCCUGAUAAAAUGUACCUAAUAGUUGGAAACAGAGGAGAUUGGCUAGACCUCGCUGAAUGGUUGGUCGAACGAGGUGCUAAAAGAAUUAUGAUCAUAGUCAAAAGAUGUUUAAUGUCAUCGACCGUUUGUAGGAGAUUUGAUAAACUCAUCUCCCGGAACGUAUCAAUACAAAUCGAAUCAGAUUUACACUUAAAAACUAAAGAGGAGUCGCUUAACUGGUUGAAUUAUUUAACAUCAUCUAAAGAGUUAGGUGCAUUAUUUAUAGUGAAUCAGUUCGACAAUAAAAAAAUAAGUAAUCUACGAUAUUCUUUCGAAGAGCUUAAGAAUAAAAUAGCUGCUACUCCAUUCAUAUGUAUAUUAAGUAAAGCAGAACAUACAUGUGCCGAGCUUAAAUCUAUAGGUUUUAAUGCAUUAAACAUAUCAUGGGACGGAAUGUCUUCAGAAUCAAAAAAUACAGAAACAAUUUUGGCUUCUCUAGAUUUUCUACUUCAAAAUUCAAAUACUUCAGAGUCAUAUUCGUUUAUAUGCUCUAAGGAAAACAACCAAACAUCAAAAUGGUCUUACCAAAUGAACGAUGUGAUUUCAAAUUUUUUCCCUGAAUCGGCUAAUGAAUUACACCUUCUGAAUAAUAAAAUAGCAAAAGAAGCCGGAUUUAUCGAAGUUGCUACAAGAAGUCCGAGGUUAUCACAAUUGAAGUCUGUAGCACCUGUGUUCGUUAUACCUGGAUUUAAACCAAAAUCCAUCGAAUCAUUGUAUAAGCAAUUUUUUUAUCCUGUAUUUGAAGCACAGUAUCCUGAAGAUAUUACUUCAAUCGAUAAUUUAGCCAAAACUUUAGUGAAUAAACUUAAAAGUAUCUCGGAUCAUGGUUACGUAUCCAUUAUUGGAGAAUGUUGGGGUGGGAUUAUCGCUCUAAAAAUAGCUCAAAUAUUGGAAUCGCAAGGAAUAUUAGUCACUGUAACAUUAUUAGAAUUUAACCCAGAGUUUUUGACUGGAUGGGCUGAGCGUUUUCUGUCAAAUGAUAAUUUCACCAAGAGGUUAAAUAAAAUGUAUACUUCGUCGUACACUGAGUUUUCUGAAUCUACAGUUCAAACGAGUGACAGUAAAUUUCGGUCGAUUGUGUCUUAUCAUCAAAAACUACUUGAAGAAAUCACACACAGAACUUUUAACCUUAUACGGUCUUUAUUACGGAAAUCUUUAGAGUCCAAGCCUCAGUCAAAUAGAUUACAUUCGAAGGUGUUGAUAUUUAGAUAUGAACGGAAGUUCGAAUUUAAUAGAACAAAUUUAAAUGAUUAUUGUAUUAAGCCACCAGUUGUAUCCAUCGUACCUAAGCCAGAUUACAGAAGUAUGUUAGAGGACAAGAGAACGAUUGAAGCUAUAACAAAGAAUGUAACACAUGUGUAUCCAGUUGGUAUAGAAUUAUCAUUGAGUGAUAAAUAUAAAAAUGUUUACUAUAAUGGUGAAAAAGCCUUCAAUAUAUAA